CACUAAAAAAAAAAAUCUCCGACUACUAGAAAUGAUACUGAGAAGCGCGUCAUCUCUGGAACUUAACCUACGCGCCUCCCAGAAAUCGCCGGCUCCACGAUGUACAAACGCAGCUCGUGUGGUAACGGCUACUCGAUCCGUCUCUGCUUCUCCUCGAGGUUAUCAAUCGAUUCCCAGAGCUUCUUCAGAUGGAAAUCUCUACGAGAUGCGUGCGAUUCAGGCGCCGGAGAGCAAAACCAAAACGUCCAGCGUCUACUACGACGAAACGGCGUCUUCUAGGAUUUUGGAGAGAUCCGGGCUCCACCAGGGAGGUUCGAACGGUGGAUUUGGCGGUAAAGGCGGAGACGGUGCCGGAGGUGGCGGUGGAGGCGGAGGUGGGGGCGUAGAUGGUUAUUAUGAAGAGAUGAUCCAACGUUAUCCCGGCGACGCUCUUCUUCUCGCUAACUACGCUCGUUUCCUCAAAGAGGUGAAAGGAGAUGAGAGAAAAGCAGAGGAGUACUGUGAGAGAGCGAUGUUGUCUGAGAAUGGGAGAGAUGGAGAGAUGUUGUCUAUGUAUGGAGAUUUGAUAUGGAAAAAUCACGGAGACGGUGUUCGUGCUCAGUCCUACUUUGAUCAAGCUGUUCAAUCUUCUCCUCAUGACUGUCAUGUUCUUGCGUCUUAUGCUCGAUUUCUAUGGGAUACUGAAGAAGAAGAAGAGGAAGAAGAAGAAGAAGAAGAAGAAGAAGAAGAAGAAGAAGAUAUUAAUUAUGAGAAUGGUUUCUCUACCUAUAACUCAUCUGUGUCAGUUGUGUCUUGACUCUUUGUAUUGAUCUUAAACCGGUGUAAUAUAAUUAAAACUCAAAAGUCCGGUUUAAUCAUAUAUAUCUUUUGCACAUUGAGGUAGAUUGAUGGAUGCUAAUGUGUGGGAAAAAGCCAACCAUGUAUCAAAAGUCCAAAGCUGCAUUAUUGGGACAAAAGUCUGAUAUUCCAAAGAGGAUUAAA